AUGGCUGGACAGGUAUUCAAAUUUGGAACUGACCUUUGGGACCCUACCCAUCGGUUCGAAACUUCGUGGCUACUAUCGCCGUGGGUGCUCUUCUUCUGCCGAGCUCUUAUCUCCCUCUAUGCCUUCACCACCCUCAUCUUCGUGCUGGCGUGGCAAUGCGCUCAAGCCGAAACGGGCUGCGCGGCGUCCCAAGCCUCCUUCAGCUUCUUCACCAGCCUAACCUACUGGGGCCUCGGCUUCUACUUCCUCGUCGCCGCCAUCCACACCUUCACCUACGCGCGGACGGGCGCCGCGCUCCUCGACCGCUUCCCACGACCGCUCCAAGCCCUGCACUCCGCCUUCUACACCACGGUAGUCGUCUACCCCUUCAUCGUGACCAUCGUCUACUGGGGGGUGCUCUUCUCGGGCCCCUGGUUCGCCGAGGUGUACUCCGGGUGGAGCAACGUGUCGCAGCACGCGCUCAACAGCGCCUUCGCGCUCUUCGAGCUGACCAUCCCGCGCACCGACCCACCCCCGCCCCUGCACAUGCUCUGGCUCAUCCUCGUCCUCGCCCUCUACCUCGCCGUAGCCUACAUCACCCACGCCGACAAGGGCUUCUACCCGUACAGCUUCCUCGACCCAGGCGAGCAGGGCCCGUUGGUGGCGGCGUAUGUCUUUGGCAUUGCCGUGGGCUGCCUUAUUGUGUUUGGCGUUGUUUGGGGCUUGAUUUGGCUGCGCAGGUAUGUCACGGAGACGAGGCUGGGGAAGCAGGGGAAGUUUGCGAAGGCGGGGCGUGAUUUGAGCGCGGCGGGGGACAUGGAGAUGGCGAAACCGCACACGUAA